AUGAUCACCAUCCGUCCCUCCCGCCAGAAAAUGUACGCCGAUGACCCUAAAUUCCUCUGGAAAUACAUCCUGCGCUCCCUCGCCAUCAUCCUCGCCCUCAUCAGCAUCGGCCUCAUCGGCUGGUCCCUAGCCCACCAAGUCGUCUUCCCAAACAACAUCUACGACAAUUACGACUACGCCUACUACGACUGGCCCUACAACAGCGACAUCUGGUUCCUCCCAUGGGAGUUUAUCACCCUCGGCCUCUCCAUAAUCUGGAACGUCGCCAACAUCCUCGUGCUCCUCAUCCGCAACAGACCGAUCCACCCCGGCGCGAACGUCGCAUGCGAUCUGCUGCUGUGGCUCGGAUUGAUAGUCACAGGCACAUUCGCAACGGUGGGCGCCGGGAAUUAUUUCUGGUGGUACCCCAACGACUACGACAACGACAACCAAGGAGGCCCCGUCGCCGAAAGCGACGACAACAGCUCCUCCUACUUCAUCUUCCCCAACAGCACCGUCAGCAACGCCACCUCCACCGCGUCCGACCUCUGCGAAACCUUCACCAGCUGCGCGGCCCAAAAAUCCUACAACGACGCCGUCAACCGCAAAGGCACCGUCAUCGCCGUCGGCGCCGCCCUGAGCUUCCUCGUCCUGCUCCUCCACUUCGCCCUCUUCGUCUCCGCGUGUCGCUACACGAACGCGCGGCUCGUCACCGCUAGGGCUACGGUCAUCGCCGACGGGAUGUACAACGAAAAGGUCAGCGGGGACGCGGGGGGGGAGAGGAACCCGAACGCGGGGUUCGUGCCCAUCAGCGAGCCGGUGGAGCAGCAGGCGCCGUUGCAUUACGGCAUGCCGCCCGCGCCGACGGGGAUGACGGUGGGGGAUAAGGGGAAGAGGAGGGCGGUGAUGUCGGAGGAGCUGGGCAGGGGGGUGAGGUUUUCGUAUGAGCAGCCCGAGGUUGUCGUCCAGGGUCCCGGUGAUGAGCGUGCGGCGGCGGCGGCUUAUGGGAACGAUGUUUAUGAGGCGUAA